AUGAAAUCUCAGGAAUUAAUUGAUACCCCUGUUUUUAUUUAUUCCGAUACAACAUUCGAGACUUUAAGAGAAAUAAAUGAAGACGCUAGCCCAAAUAUCAAUUAUGAAAAUCUAGACGACUACACUACUCUAUCUAAAGAUGAAAUUCAAGAUAUACCAGGUGGAUGACUCUAUUCAAGAUACACAGAACAGCAUAUAGAAAAAAUGCGCCUAUUCCAUAUACUUGGCGUAGCCUUUGAGGCGAUUGGACUGCUUCUUGGAGAAGCUUUAGUAGCAAGCGAUACAUAUCAUAGCGUCAAUUCAUUCUCCCCACAGCAUUUCUUUAUUCUUGCUGGGUGGAUUUUUAUUUUAUCAUUAGGAAUAUUCUUUCUCUAUAUGCUCUACAGCCAAACAUUAGCUUCCAGAGAAAUCAUGGUAAAUCAAUUAGGCUAUCUGGCAUUUGCUGUUUAUGCAUUAAACAGUAUUUAUUUAUCACUAACUCCCCCUCCGUGAGUGAACAAAAAAAUUUUGUUCACUCACAGAGGGGGCUAAUAUUUUUUUAAAAAAAUUUAUAUCAUUAUUUGCAGAUUUUUGAACUUUGCCACCUAAGUGUGGAAUUUUUUUCCGCGUGUGAAAAGAGGAUUCCACAUGUGAAAUCAAAAGGGCUCCACACGUGAAAUCAUCACCUUUUCACACGCGGAAAAAAUUCCACACUUAGGCGGUAAAGUUCAAAAAUCUGCAAAUAACGAUAUAUAAUUAAAGAAAUUUUUUUUUUCAAAAUUUUAAAAAAAUUUAAUUUGCAAAAAUUGGGAAGCAAAUAUUAAUUUAAUUUAUAAAAUUUAUGUUUUAAAACGCAAUUUGUUUAAAAUUAAACAGAAUUAGCCCGAGAUUUCAUUAUACUAAUUAUCACUUAUAUAUCAAAAAAAUUUUUUAUAUUAAAAAAAAUUUUUGUUCACUCACGGAGGGUGGUUUUUUGGGCAAAAAAUAGGGAUUUUUCCAAUGGUUUUUGUUCACUCACGGAGGGGAGUAAGAAACUUCACAGAAUUGCUAUUUGUAAACAUCAUCUGCACAGUUCUUCUAACUGCAUUGAUGAUUAUUGUAUUUAGAUUACAUAGAAGGGUAAAGUAUGAGGAUGACGGACGAUAUGUGGUUUCUCGAUCAGUAUUUUUAGGAGUCCAUGCAAAAAUUAGUUUAUUACUUGGAUGACUUUUAAUUCUUUUCCUCCACAGAAUUUUCAUCUGUUUAUCCUUCUCCGAAACAUCCUACAAUCUCCUAGGCUGGCCCAACGAAAACUGGUCAAUUUUAGCAUUAUGCUUGGCCUUCGCAAUUGGUGUAAUUUUUAUGAGUACAUAUAAAGACGUUUUUUACGCCAUAUCUUUAGUCUAUUCCUUUAUUGGCAUUUAUGUCAUGCAGAACCACAGCCAUAUAUGCAAAUCCGUGAUGCAAGAAAACUGUAGCGAAGAAGUAGGGACUUGUGCUAUAGCAUUGGCAUCAAUUUUUCUUAUAUUCAUCCUCAUCACCUUGAUCUUUUAUUAUGACACUGUCUGCUACAAAAAGCGCCGAAUUGUCCCCAGCAACCUAUAG